CAAUUGCGAACUAGUACUCCGUAAACAAGUUUUGUUUAAAUCCAGCCUUGUGUUUGCAAAAAGCUUGACUCGUUCUCUCUCUCUGAAAACCCUAAACCCUAAAACACAACCACAAACAAAUCAACAAUGGCAGAACUCCCGAUCUCAGUCGACAGCCUUAAGAGAUUCUGGAAUGCUCAGGUUCACGACCCUAACAAGUGGGCUUUUAACAUGAAAUUUUUGCGAGCUGCUGGAAUGUUUGCUGGCUCAGUCAUUUUUAUCCGAAACUUUGGAGAAAGCGUUGCUCUUUAAGUCUGGAUGAUGGGAUUUGUUAUUUGUAGCGCGCUGAAAUGUUCUAUUUCUACUAUUCAUUUCAGUAUCUUAGUAAAGCUCACGCUCUUUGUAUGCUGAGAUUUUACUUUCAGUUAGUAAAGCUCAGUCUCUCUAGUUUUGGCAUAGGAACCAUAGAAGCUGUUCUAAAAGUUCUAUUAUAAUGGUUUGAACUUCGAAUAAAAUGUAGUUUUGGCAUAGGAAGCAUAGAAGCUGUUCUAAAAGUUCUAUUAUAAUGAUUUUGGUUUUACACUUUUUUUUGUUCUAAGAAUCAACUCAAUGAAAUAACUUUGGUCCUUGUUUUUCCUCUCCAAA